AAAAACUCAAAAAAGAACCCUUUAAUUGCGGUCUCAAAACUUUUCCCCUUGUGGUUAUGUAUGGCCUUUACAAAAUUUUUAUCUUUUCCCUCACUCUUCUCAUACAUGGUCCAAAAUUCAGCUUCUGGGCAGCUCUAUGUCUAUUCUGUUGUUUCAAUUCUCUCUCUAGUUUCGGUAGAGAGAGAAAAUUGGAAUGAUGGGAGGUUGAAUUUUAGGAGCAAAGCAUGAGUUGGAGCAAUUAUUUGAUUCCCAUUUCUUCAUUUGCUUUCCCUUUUUCUUUCGGUUAAAAAGGGAGGAAAUAUCUCUAGUUUGAUUUUGGACCCUGAUGAGAUUAAGGCGUCGACAAUGCAUUCCUUCUUGCGCUUCUCUUCGCAGGGUUGAUGAGGAUGAAGUUUAUUGGAGACAAAAGAAGGAUGAUGACGAGUUGGAAUGGUCGCAUAAUUCCACUCACGUAAUAUCACAGUUAGCUCAAUGUUUUUCUAAUGCUAUGGUUGGAUCACGAUCAUGGGUGAUAGGAUUUUUUAACCGUUAUGGCAAUAAACGAAGUGGAAACGACAAAUAUCUUGAUUAUCCUUUGAGUCCUCUUCAGCCUAAUGGAACUUACCAUAGGUUGUUAACUUCUUUGCAGGAACAACGACUCCAAAGGCUUCAAGAUCGGCUACAAGUACCCUUUGAUGAGACUCGCACUGAUCAUCAAGAAUCUCUGAGGGCAUUGUGGCAUGCUGCCUUUCCCAAUAUUGUUCUUAGAGGCCUGAUUUCUGAGCAAUGGAAAGAUAUGGGGUGGCAAGGUCCUAAUCCAUCAACUGACUUCAGGGGUUGUGGUUUUGUUUCACUCGAGAAUUUGCUGUUUUUCGCAAGGACUUAUCCGGCUUCUUUUCAUAGGUUACUCUUCAAGCAAGAUGGGGAUCGAGCAACCUGGGAAUACCCGUUUGCUGUUGCUGGCAUUAAUGUAUCAUUUAUGUUAAUUCAGAUGUUGGAUUUAUGUUCAGCAAAGCCAAAAUGCCUUCCUGGAAUCAAUUUUGUCAAGUUGCUGGGAGAGGAUGAAGAAGCUUUUGAUGUCCUAUACUGUAUAGCUUUCGAGAUGAUGGAUGCUCAAUGGCUUGCCAUGCAUGCUUCCUACAUGGAAUUCAAUGAGGUCCUACAAGUAACAAGAACACAAUUGGAGAGAGAGCUGUCUUUAGAAGACGUUCACCGGAUACAAGAUCUACCAGCUUACAACCUGUUGUACCAGUAGCUUGGCUUUCAGCUCAUCUUCAUAAAUCCAUAACCUUGUUCAACAUUGUUGCAGUGAAUGAGGGACUUCCCAACCAACAUAGAGGGAUUUGUAGAGAGCUGGAUCAUGAACAGGAGAGAGUGUCUGGUUCAGGGCUUUGAAUGGCAUAUGCCCAUUUUUGUUUAGUUGUUUUUUAGCUGAAAUUUGUAUACUAGAAUGGAGUCUUGUUCAAGGCAAAUAGCAUUGAGGCUGGAUUUGAUGAUGAACCUUGUAGAAUUGUUGAUGGACGGUAGUUGAGUUGAGCUAUCAAAAUGAUAGAUUAAAUUCCUCCCAA